AUGUUUAUUAAAAACCGUUUCGUUUUGUGGAGACGGAGCGCUGCGAGGUGCGUCCCGCUGCGGCCCCGGGAGCUGGGCUGGGUCGGACCCAAGCCCGCCCCGCCGGCCGGGGCUGAGCUUUGUAGAGCUCUGGAGCGAGAGCACGCGGAGCUACGAAUGGCCAAGGAAGCCACAGAGCAAAGGACACGAGAGCUGAGGAAAGAGGGAGAACUUCUUCAUAAAAAUCUUGAGCAACAAUUGUGUUUUAACAGAGAUGAAGAGAUGUCCUGCCAGAUGGACAUUCUUUUGGCGAAGGAGGAGAAGAACAGACUGAGGCAGGAGGAGCAGGUGCUGAAACAGAAACUGGAAGAGGCGAGGAAGAGGGUCCUCCGGCAGGAUCCGGUGAUGAUGCUGCCUGCCUUGCCGGAGAAGAAAAUGGUGUUUAAGGGACUUGUGACAAACAAGGAGGACAUGAACAAGCUGAUGCUCACCCCCCUGAUCCGCUACCCCCUGCUGGGGGGCUCAGCUCUCGUUGUCUUUGAGAAGGCGGAGGUGGCCCAGAGGAUUGUAGAGAUGAAGGAGCACACGGUGGAGCUGAGCAAUGGGGAGGAGCUGGAGGAGCUCGACCGCUGCAGAGUGCGAGUGCAGGCAGCGCCAGUGGACGUACUGCUGCCAUCUGUCCUGGAGAUCGGGCUGACUCGGAGCAGCAGGAGCAUCAUCGUGUCUGACCUGCCCAGCCUGGGCAUCCCCGAGGAAGCACUACUGGACAAGCUGGAGCUCUUCUUCAGCAAGACGAAGAACGGGGGUGGUGAGGUGGAGAGCAGGGAGUUCCUGGACGACUCCGGCCAGGUGGUGCUGACCUUCGCGCAGGACGGAGUGGCAGAGCCGCUAAUUGCGAGGGGACACAUCCAGGUGCUUCUUGGGAAAGGAAAAUACGAUCUCAAAAUCUCACCGCACGUGAGCGGAGACAUCGCUAACCUGCAGCUCCAGCCCUCCCGCUGCCCCCGGACCGUCCUGCUCUCGGGGAUCCCAGACGUGCUGGGUGAGGAGCCCAUGAGGGACACCCUGGAGAUCCACUUCCAGAAGGCCAGCCGCGGCGGGGGAGAGGUGGAGACCCUCGCCUACGUCCCGCUGGGACGACAGGCGGUGGCCGUUUUCACGGAGGACGCGGGCUAG